AUGUCAACCUCCAAUAUUACCUCAACCCAUCCAGCUGCCUUCUUGUUGGUAGGAAUUCCGGGUUUGGAGCACCUGCAUGUCUGGAUCUCCAUUCCUUUCUGCUUUGCCUAUACUCUGGCUCUGCUAGGCAAUUGCACUCUCCUCUUCAUUAUUCAGGCUGAUGCAGCCCUCCAUGAGCCCAUGUACCUCUUUCUGGCCAUGUUGGCAACCAUUGAUCUAGUCCUUUCUUCUUCAACACUGCCUAAAAUGCUGGCUAUAUUUUGGUUUAGAGAUCAAGCGAUCAACUUCCAUGCCUGUCUGAUCCAGAUGUUCUUUCUCCACUCCUUCUCCAUCAUGGAGUCAGCAGUGCUGCUGGCCAUGGCUUUUGAUCGCUAUGUGGCCAUCUGCAAGCCACUGCACUACACCUCGGUCCUGACCAGGCCUCUUAUCACCAAGAUUGGCACGGCUGCUAUGAUUCGGGCUGUGACACUAACGACUCCACUCCCCUUUCUGCUUAGAUGCUUCCACUACUGCCGCGGCCCUAAGAUUGCACACUGCUACUGUGAGCACAUGGCUGUGGUAAAGCUGGCUUGUGGGGACACUCGCUUCAACAAUAUCUAUGGCAUUGCAGUAGCCAUGUUUAUAGUGGUUUUGGAUCUGCUCUUUGUUAUCCUGUCUUAUAUCUUCAUCCUUCGUGCAGUUCUACAGCUUGCCUCUCAGGAGGCCCGCUACAAGGCCUUUGGGACAUGUGUGUCUCACAUAGGUGCCAUCUUGUCCACCUACACGCCUGUUGUCAUCUCCUCAGUCAUGCAUCGCGUGGCCCGCCGGGCUGCCCCUCAUGUCCAUAUACUCCUUGCUGUUUUCUAUCUUCUUUUCCCACCCAUGGUCAACCCCAUCAUCUAUGGUGUGAAGACCAAGCAGAUUCGUGAUCAUGUGCUAAACCUAUUCUGGAAGAAGUCUGUGUAG